AUGCUGGGCGCCUCCCCCUCACCUCACUCCGGAUCCGCCCCCGAGCUCCAGCCUGCAGCCAUUAGCACCCCUGGCACUCCACUGCUCAGCUCCAACAAAGAGGAGGUACAGCAGGGGGGGUCGCGACCAGAUCUCAAAAUAUAGAACCUUUUUACGGUUUUAUUCAUUAUCAUGUUGUAUGAAUAUUACUAACAAAUAAUAGAUUCAACUAAAUUUGGCCAAGGAAUCCGUGAAAUAAGUUUUAGAGGGUGUUAUGCAGUACAAUGUAAUAUUAUUAAUCUGCUAUUUAUGUUCUUAACCCUGGGCAACAAGGGCCUGGAGGAUCACUGGGAUAUUGGCAUCUACAGUACUCCAACAAUUUAUCAAUUUUCAACUCAAUGCUUCGUCUAUUCCCCCAAAUAUUUUGUAUUAACAUAAAUGUACUGUAAUUUUAAGCUUUUAAAACUGCAAAGUUGUCUCUCUGCCUCAUGGAAAAAAUGUGUAGAAUUGCAGGAUAUUACCUUUUUUAAAAGCUGCAACAACAAAAAAAUUCUCUCUGCCCCAUGACAGAAUGUGUAGAAAUGUGCUAAAUGUUCUCUUCGAUGCCAAGAGGCGGGCCUUUUUAAAAUGUUCCUUCCCAGGGCCUAACACUUGGUUUGUCCGGCCAUGCACGGUCGAAGUCAUAGUAAAAGUCCUUGUAUGGUAUAUAUAUCUUUUUUAUAUUUAACUCCAGUUGUGUUUUGAUUAUGAGGGGGGGUCCCUGAUGAAUUUGCUAUCACGAAAGCGGUCCCUGGCCCCAAAAUGUUUGAGAACCCCUUUCCUAUUCUACAUGACAAUCACCUCUGUUCUAUGCAAUACAUUUCUAUAACUUUGUGUCUUCCGCAACUGAUAUGAGGAACAUAUUUUUUUAAUGCUGUGACCUAAAGAAUCAAACUUUAUUCUGUGAAACAAGACGUACUGCAACUCGGUCUAGAAUGUCCUCUAUCUGUAGAAGAUUCAUUUUAACCACAUCUUGUGUGUCCCAUAUAUAUAUAUAUAUAUUACACUGUCUUGGUAUUUCAGUUCCUUUAAAAUUCAACAGUAGUUCCCCCUGUAAUAACAAUAGCAUGCUGUUGUAGACAAGUCUCGAGCUGUCUCCUGUCUCCUGCACCUUUCCCUGUGGCUCAGUUUGUUUGGUACUGCACAUUAGCCUGUCUGUCUGUCUGGCUGUCUAGCUGCCUGUGUGUCUGUCUUGACUGGCGCUGGUCUGUCUCCUCUCUCCUGCACCUUGCUAUGUGUAUUCAGUACAACAUUGUUCUGUCAAAUACAACAGUUCUAGGCGAAUGACCUCUUGCACACUUCACACCACGAAGACUUCAGUUAAAGGUGUACUCCGCUGUCUGUCGGUCUGUGUAUUCAUUCUUAAAAACAUGACAUAGCAGAUUCAAGCUUUAUUGGCACUUCUGGAGUAAAAUAAUAAUUACUGUGCCCCUGAGGGGAUGGAAAAAAGUUUUAUUAACAUGGAAUUUAACUGGAAUUUAAAGUCGGUGUGUCAAAGGUCUUACAUUUGAAAAAAGGAGUGGUUUACUUUGAGGAAGGAGUCUGAAGAAGCCUUGUCGUAGAAGAUUUCAUGGUGGCUUGUGAAUUUGUGCCUCAUUUAUGAAGUGCUGUGUGGAGUGUUUUAGUGAGGUUUUCUAUGAAUGACUCAGCCUGACUAAUCCGGUCUAACACGCUAGAUCAGUCUGGCUGGAUGUCUGACCAAAGGUGCUGGGAGGCAAGGGAGCGUAUGUACAGUGGGGAGAACAAGUAUUUGAUACACUGCCGAUUUUGCAGGUUUUCCUACUUACAAAGCAUGUAGAGGUCUGUAAUUUGUAUCAUAGCUACACUUCAACUGUGAGAGAUGGAACAAAAAUCCAGAAAAUCACAUUGUAUGAUUUUUAAGUAAUUAAUUUGCAUUUUAUUGCAUGACAUAAGUAUUUGAUCACCUACCAACCAGUAAGAAUUCCGGCUCUCACAGACCUGUUAGUUUUUCUUUAAGAAGCCCUCCUGUUCUCCACUCAUUACCUGUAUUAACUGCACCUGUUUGAACUCGUUACCUGUAUAAAAGACACCUGUCCACACACUCAAUCAAACAGACUCCAACCUCUCCACAAUGGCCAAGACCAGAGAGCUGUUUAAGGACAUCAGGGAUAAAAUUGUAGACCUGCACAAGGCUGGGAUGGGCUACAGGACAAUAGGCAAGCAGCUUGGUGAGAAGGCAACAACUGUUGACGCAAUUAUUAGAAAAUGGAAGAAGUUCAAGAUGACGGUCAAUCAUCCUCGGUCUGGGGCUCCAUGCAAGAUCUCACCUCGUGGGGCAUCAAUGAUCAUGAGGAAGGUGAGGGAUCAGCCCAGAACUACACGGCAGGACCUGGUCAAUGACCUGAAGAGAGCUGGGACCACAGUCUCAAAGAAAACCAUUAGUAACACACUACGCCGUCAUGGAUUAAAAUCCUGCAGCGCACGCAAGGUUCCCCUGCUCAAGCCAGCGCAUGUCCAGGCCCGUCUGAAGUUUGCCAAUGACCAUCUGGAUGAUCCAGAGGAGGAAAGGGAGAAGGUCAUGUGGUCUGAUGAGACAAAAAUAGAGCAACCCCAAGAACACCAUCCCAACCGUGAAGCAUGGAGGUGGAAACAUCAUUCUUUGGGGAUGCUUUUCUGCAAAGGGGACAGGACGACUGCACCGUAUUGAGGGGAGGAUGGAUGGGGCCAUGUAUCGCGAGAUCUUGGCCAACAACCUCCUUCCCUCAGUAAGAGCAUUGAAGAUGGGUCGUGGUUGAGUCUUCCAGCAUGACAACGACCCAAAACACACAGCCAGGGCAACUAAGGAGUGACUCCGUAAGAAGAAUCUCAAGGUCCUGGAGUGGCCUAGCCAGUCUCCAGACCUGAACCCAAUAGAAAAUCUUUGGAGGGAGCUGAAAGUCCGUAUUGCCCAGCGACAGCCCCAAAACCUGAAGGAUUUGGAGAAGGUCUGUAUGGAGGAGUGGGCCAAAAUCCCUGCUGCAGUGUGUGCAAACCUGGUCAAGACCUACAGGAAACGUAUGAUCUCUGUAAUUACAAACAAAGGUUUCUGUACCAAAUAUUAAGUUCUGUAUUUCUGAUGUAUCAAAUACUUAUGUCAUGCAAUAAAAUGCAAAUGAAUUACUUAAAAAUCAUACAAUGUGAUUUUCUGGAUUUUUGUUUUAGAUUCCGUCUCUCACAGUUGAAGUGUACCUAUGAUAAAAAUUACAGACCUCUACAUGCUUUGUAAGUAGGAAAACCUGCAAAAUUGGCAGUGUAUCAAAUACUUGUUCUCCCCACUGUAUGUAUCAGGGAGCGUAUGUACUGUUUGUAUCAGGGAGCGUAGAGUAGGAGUGCUGGUUUAAGAUCAGGUCCCCUUUUAAGCCCAUCCCCUAUCCUAUCUCCGUAUCCCCCUAUCCUAUCUCCGUAUCCCCCUAUCCCCCUAUCCUAUCUCCGUAUCCCCCUAUCCUAUCCCCGUAUCCUAAUAUAUGCCACUUAGCAGACACGUCUAUCCAAAGUGACUUAGUCAUGCGUGUAUACAUAUUUUAUGUAUGGUCCCGGGAAUCGAACCCACUAUCUUAUCAUUGCAAGAGCCAUGCUCUACCAACUGAGCUACAGAGGACCACAUGUAAUCUAAAAGGCUGAACUGAUCAAAGAAUAGCACUUCUACUCUGAAACACUAGAUACAGCCCCUGGUGAAGACCCAAGGAUCCAAAUGUUGUUUCUGUAAACUACACUGAACAAAAAUAUAAACGCAACAUGCAACAAUUUCAAAGAUUUUACUGAGUUACAGUUCAUAAAAUGAAAUCAGUCAAUUGAAGUAAAUGCAUUAGGCCUUUAAUCUAUGGAUUUCACAUGACUGGGAAUAUAUAAAUGCAUCUGUUGGUCACAGAUACCUUUUUUUUUUUUAAGGUAGAGGUGUGGAUCAGAAAACCAGUCAGUAUCUGGUGUGACCACCAUUUGCCUCAUGCAGCGUGACACAUCUCCUUCGCAUAGAGUUGAUCAGGCUGUUGAUUGUGGCCUGUGGAAUGUUGUCACACUCCUCUUCAAUGGCUGUGAGAAGUUGCUGGAUAUUGGCGGGAACUGGAACGCUGUCGUAUACUUCAAUCCAGAGCAUCCCAAACAUGCUUAAUGGGUGACAUGUCUGGUGAGUGUGCGGGCCAUGGAAGAAGCGGGACAUUUUCAGCUUCCAGGAAUUGUGUAUAGAUCUUUGCAACAUGGCGCCGCGCAAUAUCAUGCUGAAACAUGAGGUGAUGGCGGCGGAUGAAUGGCACGACAAUGGGCCUUCAAAUUGCCGUCGAUAAAAUGCAAUUGUGUUCAUUGUCCGUAUCUUAUGCCUGUCCAUACCAUAACUCUGUUCACAACGUUGACAUCAGCAAACCGCUCACCCACACAACGCCAUCUGUCCGGUACAGUUGAAACCAGAAUUUAUCCGUGAAGAGCACACUUCUCCAGCGUGCCACUGGCCAUCGAAGGUGAGCAUUUGCCCACUGAAGUUGGUUACGACGCCAAACUGCAGUCAGGUCAAGACCCUGGUGAGGACGACGAGCACGCAGAUGAGCUUCCCUGAGAUGGUUUCUGACAGUUUGUGUAGAAAUUAUUCCGUUGUGCAAUCCUACAGUUUCAUCAGCUGUCCGGAUGGCUGAGUCUCAGACCAUCCCGCUGGUAAAGAAGCCGGAUGUGGAGAUCCUGGGCUGGCGUGGUUACACGUGGUCAGUGGUUGUGAGGUCGGUUGGACGUACUGCCAAAUUCUCUAAAGCGACGUUGGAGGCGGCUUAUUGUAGAGAAAUUAACAUUACAUUCUCUGGCAACAGCUCUGGUGGACAUUCCUGCAGUCAGCAUGCCAAUUGCACGCUCCCUUAAAACUUGAGACAUCUGUGGCAUUGUGUUGUGUGACAGAACGGCACAUUUUAUAGUGGCAUUUUAUUGUCCCCAGCACAAGGUGCACCUGUGUAAUGAUCAUGCUGUUUAAUCAGCUUCUUGAAAUGCCACACCUGUCCGGUGGAUGGAUUAUCUUGGCAAAGGAGAAAUGCUCACUAACAGGGAUGCAAACUAAUUUGUGCACAACAUUUUUGAGAAAUAAGCUUUUUGUGUGCAUGAGAACAUUUCUGGUGUCCUUUUUUUAUUUCAGCUCAUGAAACAUGGGACCAACACUGAUGCAUUUUAUAAUUUUUGUUCAGUGUACAUGGGAGGGAGGAUGAAUGUGAUCUCUUCUAUUGACCCCAGAGCUGUUUUGUCUUUCAGAUGGAAGAUGUGAUCGAUGGCAUCAUCAGUCUUGAAUCCGGUCUCAACGAUGAGUUCUUUAAGUUGAUCGACUCUGGACUACAACUAGCCAACACGGUAUGUAGCCAAAUAUCAUACCAACAACACGUGACUAUGCAUUCACUCCUGGAGAUGAAUGAGUCAUCUGUUGUCCCACUUCUUCAAGUGAAACACACACAGUGUGCCUUUUUUGUAGAUUGCAAUCGCAGCAAGCAGUUGAUUAUGGAAUCCUCUUCUGUCUUCACUGAAAGUCGACCCACCCUGUUAUUGGCGUAUCAACACAUUGAUAGCUGUGUCUCUGUUUGUCCAUGCUGGUUUGUGUUGUCGGACACCAUAGAUUUGUUUUGGGGGGAGGGUGGUAGUUGGUUGUUUUUUGGAGCAGGGCAGUUGAAUGUCUAGUCCGAGACCAUGGAUCCAGUCUGGCUGUGAGAGUUAACACACCUCUGACACAUGGCUAACAGUGGCCAAAACAGGGCUAGAGCAGGCCAAAACAGGGCUAGAGCAGGCCAAAACAGGGCCAGAGCAGGCCAAAACAGGGCCAGAGCAGGCCAAAACAGGGCUAGAGCAGGCCAAAACAGGGCUAGAGCAGGCCAAAACCGGGCUAGAGCAGGCCAAAACAGGGCUAGAGCAGGCCAGAGCAGGCCAAAACAGGGCUAGAGCAGGCCAGAGCAGGCCAAAACAGGGCCAGAGCAGGCCAAAACAGGGCCAGAGCAGGCCAAAACAGGGCUAGAGCAGGCCAGAGCAGGCCAAAACAGGGCUAGAGCAGGCCAGAGAAGGCCAAAACAAAGCAGGCCAGGGUUACAGCAGGGUAGGGUGGGGUCCGUAUGGUGCUGGAGGAUAGGGAGGGGGCUGCCUGGGUGUAGAAAGCUGAUAGCUUUGGAGAGCGUUAUCCAACUAAGAAGACUAAGGGUUAGCUAACCGUGGACUGGAGAGAAAGAGGGGAGAGGUGUUAUUUUUUUUUUUUUCCUGAACAUGUUUCCCCAUUUCUCAACCGUCUGUUCUGAGAGAAAGGGGAAGCGGCAGAGUGUGAGAGCGGUUUGGUUUGGCAGGAGAAAGAUGAGGAUUCUGGUUGUUCUGCAGGAGCGACAGCAUGAGAAUAUAAUUAAUAAGAUGAUCCAGGUAAAAUAAACAUUGUUGUUCUGUGGAAUUUGUAAGACAUUUAUUAGAAUAUUUUGUUUUUAAGAAAGUUAGAUGAGAAGGUUUUUGAGUUUGUCUGGAUUUGCUUAGGCUUUACAUUAUCACUGAAUUGAUUUUAACAUUGUAGCUGUCUACAGGGUCUAGCUUAACUUGUAACUGAGAUGUAGACAUGCUAACGUGUUUAUUACUGUAUUCUGUUAAUGAAACUGAGAUGUAGACAUGCUAACGUGUUUCUUACUGUAUUCUGUUAAUGUAACUGAGAUGUAGACAUGCUAACAUGUUUCUUACUGUAUUCUGUUAAUGUAACUGAGAUGUAGACAUGCUAACAUGUUUCUUACUCUAUUCUGUUAAUGAAACUGAGAUGUAGACAUGCUAACGUGUUUCUUACUGUAUUCUGUUAAUGAAACUGAGAUGUAGACAUGCUAACGUGUUUCUUACUGUAUUCUGUUAAUGAAACUGAGAUGUAGACAUGCUAACGUGUUUCUUACUGUAUUCUGUUAAUGAAACUGAGAUGUAGACAUGCUAACGUGUUUCUUACUGUAUUCUGUUAAUGUAACUGAGAUGUAGACAUGCUAACAAUAUGUUUCUUACUGUAUUCUGUUAAUGAAACUGAGAUGUAGACAUGCUAACAACAUGUUUAUUACUGUAUUCUGUUAAUGAAACGGAGAUGUAGACACGCUAACAAUGUUUAUUACUGUAUUCUGUGGCUCCUGUUGUGAAUAGUAGAUAGUGAUUGUCAUAUUGACCGUUGAGAGAUAAUGUAACCACAUGGUGUACUGUUAGCACACUCUGCAUGGUGCCUGUUGAGAGAUAAUGUAACCACAUGGUGUACUGUUAGCACACUCUGCAUGGUGCCUGUUGAGAGAUAAUGUAACCACAUGGUGUACUGUUAGCACACUCUGCAUGGUGCCUGUUGAGAGAUAAUGUAACCACAUGGUGUACUGUUAGCACACUCUGCAUGGUGCCUGUUGAGAGAUAAUGUAACCACAUGGUGUACUGUUAGCACACUCUGCAUGGUGCCUGUUGAGAGAUAAUGUAACCACAUGGUGUACUGUUAGCACACUCUGCAUGGUGCCUGUUGAGAGAUAAUGUAACCACAUGGUGUAC